CUGCAGUAAACAGCUGUGAAUUGAUCCUAUUCGCAGUGUUAUUUAUCCGAAAUUUUACCGUUGUUCAUUAAUAUAGUUUUCGGUUCUAUGAGACGCAAGAGGAAACGCUUUAAAUUGGAAAAAUGGAAAGAAAAUUACAAGCUAACGCUAAUGACGUGAAAAGAACAUCAGAUAAAGCCAGUGAUGAUGAUAAAAUUCAAAAUCUUAUAGUCAACAAUAUGCGUCAACAUCAAUCACGUCGCUUCCAAGCACCAGCUCAGGAACGUCUCGAGCGUCUGCAGUUGAAGCUCAAAAGUGGUCGCAUCACCAAGGAGAAACAUGUCCCCAAAAGACCCACAAGAAGCGCCACUAGCUCCGGAUCCAGCAACCACAUGGAACGCAAUAUUGGCAAGUCGAGUUCAUCGUUGCGUAAUUUACUGUUAAGCGAAAGCUUGCUAUGCGCUGUUGCUGCAUCACCUUCCCCAAGCAGCAGCUCCAAUUCCCGUCGCUCGUUGCCCACGAAUCCAUUUGCCAAGUCAACUGAGAGCAACAGAAUCACCGAAAGCAGCGGCGGCAUAAGAAGUGCAUGGGCCAAGCCUAAAGCGCUGAUUGAUGCCAGCAAUAGGCUGCACCACAAUCGUCCUCUGAUAAGCGCAAACUGCCGUCUAGCUUUGCUACAAUCAUCGCUACAGGAGACGCAACGGAAUGAUAACGACAAUAAUAAUAACAAUGUGCUGCCAAAUAACGCAAUGACCGAUGAUGAUGAACCCAUGGAAAUUGAAUCCAUGGAUAUAGAUCCAGAGCCGGAGGAGGAGCAGUCAGCAGUCGUCGAUGAUAAUGAUGAGAAACCUAAACUGGAUAAUGCGGUUGCGGAUGAUGUGGACAAGAAAGCUAGUGAAGAGCUGCCCAAGCGAAUGGUUGAUCACAUGUAUUACGUGCUGGACACUAAUAUACUCAUGGAGAAUCUAUCGUUUGUCGACGAUCUCAGUCAUUUGGCGUUGGGCGAUAGCAAAGGCAGCAUGCUCUUUAUACCGUAUGUUGUCAUUAAGGAGCUGGACAGGAUCAAGGAUAGACGUAGCGAGGAUGACGCAAGCAAGCGUUCGGCUGCCAGAAAAGCAAUACGUUAUCUCAACGAUAAGUUCGACAAAAGCCUAAGAAUUCAGGGUCAAUCUGCGUUGGAGGAUGCAGAGCACCUGAUUGAGGUUGAUGGUGGAGAUGAUAGCGUUGUGAAUUGCUGCGUCCAGCUAAGCGCUCAAGUGCCCAAAUUGACGCUGCUCACCAACGAUGCCAAUUUGCGACUCAAAGCAAAGACAUCGUCCAUCGCAGUUGCCUCGAGCUCGGAUUUAUUAAGUCGAUAUCACAAGGACUUUGGCGGCUUGCAGUCAUAACAAAUAAUGUGCUAUUGUUUGAGACUAAGACUGCAUCUGUGAUACGAUGUUUUUUCAGAUGGAAGUUGAGAGUGAGACAGACAGACAGAGAGAGAGAGAGAGUGUAGAUACAGAUAGAAAGAGUGAAGAAACCAUUGCACCGCGGCCAAUAUGAAGUACAAUCGCAUCUGAUCAAACAGCCUACAUACAUAGAGUAUAUGUUAUAUAGAAAUGUAUUUUGAAAGACAUCACUCUUAACUGUAUAUAACAGUUUACUAUUAUCAUAAUUACCCUUACCCAAAUGUAAAUACACACUUACAUUACCAUAAAGAUCAAGCAGUCAAAUCGUAGGCUGAAUUAUAAGCCACGACGUUUAUAUUGUACAUAAUAUGAUAAGAUACAUAUUUGCAUUUUGAUAAGCCACCAAAUACACAACUUUUCUAGGGUCCCAGAAGAUUGUUAACAUUUUUGCGGUGGCAAAUUAAUUGUAACAAAAAUAAAGCAAUAUAAAUAUGUUAUUAAA